AUGGAUUCUAAUUUGAGAUAUCUAUCUACCGAUGUCGUGUUCAAUUUUGCUACGGCGAAAGGUGGAAACGACGCGAAUGUCCAAUAUGAAGGGAAGAACUUCUCUUGGAAACUCGCCAAGCCAUUAAGUGACAAGCAGAUGGACCGUUCCUCUUCGUUCUUCCAAACUGAUAGGGCUAGUACUGGAAUUGAUGCGACAGAUGAAGUGGUGGAGGAUGAUUGGAUUCAAAUAUAG